AUUUGACUAUUAAAAACUACAAAAUAGUUCAUAAAUAGAGAAAAGGAGCAGAAGAGAAAUUAGGAAAAGAUCAUACGAAAAUGGGGAGGAGGAAGGUGGAAAUAAAGCGAAUCGAAGAUAAGAACAGCCGGCAAGUCACUUUUUCAAAACGCCGUUCCGGCUUGAUCAAGAAGGCUCGUGAACUCUCCGUUCUUUGCGACGUCGAGAUCGCUCUCGUCAUCUUCUCCUGUCGCGGCAGGCUUUACGAGUUCUCCGGCGGAAAGAGUUUGGUCAAGAUUCUUGAACGCUACCAUGGACAAGAAUCUGAGGCUUCAAAAGAUGAUACUGAAGCAGUCCUUUCACUUACAGAGCUACUUCAUAUGGUUCAAAGUCGAGUAGAAGAACCAACUAUUGAGCAGUUGAGCUUGAUGGACCUUGAAAAACUAGAGAUGCAGCUUGCUACGGCACUUCGCAGAACCAGAGCUAGAAAGACACAGCUGAUGCUGGAGACCAUUUUGUUCCGCCAAGAAAAGGAAAAGUUUAUGACAGCGGAAAAUGAACUUCUAGAAAGAGAGAUUGCAGCAAUGGAGAAGAAUGAAGAAUACAGGAGCGAAAUGGGGAUAGGGUUGAUGAGCAACACAGAAAAUCAUCGUCUUCCCCAGAUGCAAACCCUUACGCUGCUUACAUGAUAAGGUUGUAAUCAAGCAUCUCAAGUCAGUUGUGCAGCUAAACCUCUGUUAUCCAGUUGAAUCCGUUGGCUUCACUUUCUUUCUAAUUCUGCAUCUGACGAAUAUAUUAUGUUGGAUGAUGAGUAAAACAAAAUGCAAUGCGAAAUGAAUGAAUGAAUAAACGUGAUUCGCAUUACGAUCGUA